GACCGAGAUAGGGACAGAGACAGGGACUACCGAGACCGAGAUAGGGACAGGAGAGAUCGGGGUAGAGAUAGAGACCGUCACAGUGAUAGAGAUAGGGACAGGGAGAGAGACGGCCAUCGGGACAGGAGGGAUGACAGGAAGAGGAAGUCCUACUUUGAGAAGCCUGUGGAGGAGGAUGAUGACAGGACGAAAGGACCAGGGUCAGCUGGUGACCUUGUCAAGACAAUCAACGACCGCUUCAAGAGUUAUGCUGAUGUGGAAAAAGAGAAAGAAAAGGAGAAGGUUGAUAAGCACAAGAAGUGGAUGGAGAAGCUCCAACAGAAGACACUCAUUGACAGUUACGCCGAGUGUUAUCCGGGUAUGGAGGAAGCUGAUGAUGCUUUGGGCGACUCUGAUGAUGAGGCAGACUUCAGCAAAAUGGACCAGGGCAAUAAGAAAGGCCCUAUAGGGCGAUGGGACUUUGACACCCAGGAGGAAUACAGCGACUACAUGGCCAACAAGGAGGCCCUGCCUAAGGCUGCCUUCCAGUAUGGAGUCAAAAUGGCUGAUGGACGCAAGACCCGUCGUGCCGGGCCAAAGGACGAGAAGGCCGAAUUAGACCGACAGUGGCAGAAAAUUCAAAACAUUCUGAAAACCAAGACUGGGGAGCCCAACGAGAAGAAAAUGAAGCAUUGAUUGAAAAACAACAUUAUGUUAAAAAAAUGUUAUUCUAGUGACUAAAUUCUCUGAAUUUGUUUUCUGAUAAAUUGGACUGUGGACUAAAAUCAUUGUAGUGUGAUACUUCGAUCUUUAUGUAAUUCAAGUUUUCCAGUGUUUUUUGGGUUUUUUUAACCACCAAUUCAAUAUUAAAUGUACAGUGUAUGUUUAUUUGGAGACUAAAUUUAAUGAGUCUGGUGAUAUAAAUUGUAAUAUAGUGUGGGGGAAUGAUGAAUCAGCUGUACUUUGAAGUAGAGGAGCUUUUUGUUUAAUUUCUUUUGAUUUGGUUAUGUGUAUAAUCUGGUUUACCAGAACAAGUGCAUGUAAAUUCAUUUCAUAGACUGUAGUCAUUAUCAAGUUUUGUAUAUAAGUAGAAAUGUGCGAAAUGCACAAAAUAAAUUGUUUAUAAAAAAUUUUGUUUUGCAAGAGAAUUUUUAAAAAUGAUAUCAUAAUGCAAUGAUUUGAAUUUUAGACAAGGUUUAUGAUAUGCAUCUUUGCUAUCCAAGGGUUUUUGGUCCACGCCGGGGAGCGAAGUGGACCGAAAACCCUUGGCUAGCGAAGAUGAUGAUACAUGUAUGUAGCUGUAAGUGUUCAUCAGAUAUCAUUACCAAAAUAUAUGGGACGUACAUGUAAUUUCACAUACGGGCAUAUAAUAAAUGAACUUACUUAGA